AUGAUGACAAACGUGUUCUAACCUCACAACACUGACGUAUAUACUACUAUAUAUCAGUGCUCAUAGAUGUCAAAAAUGUUACUUGUGUUUAUUAGUUUCCUAUUUACUCUGUCAAAAUACAGCUGAUUCUGAUUACUCUGGCGACAAUGAAUUCCGGUAAGAUUGAGUCACAUUAGUCGCCUGUGACCUACAAUACAUUCCAGUGUUGAUAAUCAAUAAUUGUUCAAAACUACGGUUAGCACUGAAUACCUGCAGUAAUACACGAUUUUUAACCACACUAUAUAUCGAAAUGUCGUUUCUACGAGGAUCACUUAACUAUGUUUGGUGUACAACAAGCGUUCUUGGCAAGGGGGCUACUGGAGCAGUAUUUCAAGGUGUUAAUAAGAAUAAUGGUGAACCUGUAGCAGUGAAGACGUUCAAUCAACUAAGUCACAUGCGGCCCCAUGAUGUUCAGAUGCGAGAGUUUGAAGUACUUAAGAAAGUCAAGCACGAGAACAUUGUGAAGCUCCUAGCGAUCGAGGAGGAGCAAGACGGCAGAGGUAAAGUCAUAGUAAUGGAACUUUGUACAGGUGGUAGUUUAUUCAACAUAUUGGAUGAUCCGGAAAACACCUAUGGAUUGGCAGAGAGCGAGUUUCUGCUGGUGUUGGAACACUUGUCAGCAGGCAUGAAGCACCUCAGAGAUAACAAUUUGGUACACCGUGAUUUAAAGCCAGGGAAUAUAAUGAAAUUCAUAUCGGAUGACGGGAGUACCAUUUACAAAUUAACAGACUUUGGUGCUGCUAGAGAGUUACAGGAAGACCAGCAGUUCGUAUCCCUUUACGGUACAGAGGAAUAUUUACACCCAGAUAUGUAUGAACGAGCGGUUCUUAGAAAACCUGUGGGAAAGAUGUUUGGAGCAACGGUGGAUCUUUGGUCGAUUGGAGUAACUCUGUAUCAUGUCGCCACCGGCAAUCUACCCUUCCGUCCUUUUGGAGGCAGAAGAAAUAAGGAAACUAUGUUUUACAUAACUACUAAAAAAGCUUCAGGAGUAAUAGCUGGCACUCAAACUUCAGAGAAUGGACCGAUUGAAUGGAACAGGGAACUGCCUCAGAAUUGCCAGUUGAGUACUGGUCUUAAGAAAAUUGUGACACCUCUGCUUGCCGGCCUGUUGGAAGUCGAUCCACAAAGGAUAUGGAAUUUUGAUAGAUUUUUUACGGAAGUCACAAAUACGCUUUGUAGAAAACCUGUGCAUAUAUUUAACGUCCAUAAAGCGAGCUUGAUAAAAGUGUUCCUUCAUCCUGAGGAGAAGCUUAUUGCCCUGCAAACUCAUAUUCAGGAACAGACUGAAGUGGCACCAUUUUCCCAGAUACUACUACUAGGUGAGAUCCUGCUUUUGAACUUGAUAAAGGAAUCCACACCUGGGAAAGGAUAUCCAAUGACUACAGAAGAAAAACCAUUAAUGUUGUUUGCUAAAGAAAACAAUAACGUCGCCCUACCGAUCGAUUUGGAGCUUCUGAAAUUCCCUGUAUUUGCUAACUUGGUUUCUGUUGAGAACGAUGCCAGCCAAGCUAAGGUCGCUUGCUCUGUUGGCCACGUUUGUAAAAGGAGAAUAGACAGAUUAUCUCAUUGUAGCAGAUUGUUUCGCGAUGCAGUAGAAGCUUUCAUCGGACUCGUUGCAUCAGAAUUAACAAAACUUUUGGAAAAAUCUCAACGAUCAAAGGAGAUAACUAAAGCUGUUGAAGAUACCGUAACUGCGGUCCAAAGAGGAGAAGCACUAGGGCAACAAAUACUAAAGAAAUUUGGCAGUCCUUCGUCAAGCGAAGUAAAAAAUUGGGCUAACGAUCUCAGCUCGAAAAGCAAUGAACUUUUAAGCAGUCUUGGGCCUGCAAUUUCCCAGCUACAUUAUAGGUACGUCAAAGAAGGUAAUCUGCGGACAGAAUGGGAAAACAGCACUCGUGGAUUUUGGUGUCCUUGGCUCAGCAAAGCGAGUUUUAGGGCAGCAACAUUAGUGGAUCGAUUACGAGAUGGCUGGCAGCAUUUGUUACGUGACAGAGCAACUCGCAGUUUAACGUAUAAUGACGAGCAAUUUCACGUUUUGGAGCGGAUAAAAGUAACAGAAACUGGACGCAGAUUGAAAGCUUUAUUGGAAACUGAGUGUGUUCCUUCCAUGACCCAGAGAGCUGAAUGUUUUGCAGAUUGGUACAAAAUGGCACAGACUGUUUUCUUGCAAACUCGUAUUUUGAACAAAGAUGUAGAGAACUACGAACGUACAUUAGAAUUGUUUUCUGAUCGUCUGUCUAUGGAGAGCAGGGUAGCGCACGAAAAUUUGACUCGUUCGUUGGAGAGACUACCUGGCCAAUUAACGACGUUAGAGAAGUCUAGUGCACCAAGUGAAGAAAAUGCCAAAGUAUGGAAAAACAUCUGCAAAGAGCAGGAAGAAAUCGCUCAUACAGUCUACGAAAAUUGCGUUUUAAUCGACCAACUUCUCAAUGAAACAUGUUUUCCUAACGCAAGUUCCGGCGAGGAAGAUGAAGAAAACUCAGAACACGUUUGAUCGUGAACAGCUUUUAAUUCUCUAGGUACGAAAAAAUUAACCAUGUCCUACAUAUGAUGUAAAAAAAAAAAGUAGGUAUGUACUAGACUGAAUAGACCAAGAUAAAAAUAUAA